UCUGCGGACAUCAGUGGCGUCCCCAGGCCGUUGCCACACAAAUAAUGGACACUACAUAAUCAUUGAAUAGUGAAAGCACGUUAUCGUUAAAUAGAGCGUUUUCACUCACGUGACAAGGCAGCCAUGUUGGUGUAUCAAUAAAAACUUCUGUACAGUUGCAUAAAAAUAGAGUUCAAUUCCCGGAGGAUAGAAAAUGUAUUGUCUUGGUACACCAAUAGGGGCGCUGUGACGUCACGUCGAAACGCUCAAUACUUGAAAUUACCAAGAUCGAGGUCCUAUGCUAGGCAUAAUCAAAAUACCGCCACCACGAGAAACUGCUGUCAAGUUUGCAAAGUAUUUCCUAGGUCGUGAAAUCGAUAUCAAUAAACACGCGCGAAGACCACGAAGCGAUGAUUUUCUCCAACGAAAACRAAYAGAUACGGYGUUAAUAAUMGACUCUUCUGAWUCCGUCAAGCGRGUGAACUUCAAACKCGGGCUGAGAGCUCUACAAGCAAUGGUCGAGCGAGGAAAGCCGGACACCAAGUACGCAGCGAUCACAUUCUCCAAUCACGCGAAAUUAGAAUUUGUUUUCGUGGAUAAAGAAAAUGCGAAGAAAAAUUUGAAGAAGAUAGAACAUCGUCGUGGAAAGACCAACACACAGGAAGCCCUAAUUAUGGCUUUAAACAAACUGAUCAAAAGUAACACGUCAAACAUCCGUGUAGGAAGCGUUCGACGCAUUUUUUUGGUCACAGACGGUCUAUCGAAUGUUAAAAGGAACAUGACGCUGAUUCGUGGCCAACAGCUAAAGAUUGCCGGCGUGGAGAUAUUUGUAAUGGCAGUGGGGCAGUAUGAUCAAGGUUUUGAGGAGAUUGUUGGUUUAGCAAGCUCAACUCUCGCUCACCUGUAUAGGGUAGCGAACAUGAAGGGGUUUCUGAGAGUGAUUAAGUUGAUUCCUAAAAAUGUAGAGAAAAACUGGCUUUCUGGCAUGAACGAGGAUGGGUUUUAGUGAAAUAAGAAAUAUAAAAAAAUAAUUAAAUGAUUAAAAAAAACCGGGAGAAUGGUUGUUAGGACUUCAUAUAAAUAUUUCAAAAACGCAAAAUAGGAUAGAAAUAGCAAUGUAAAUAAAGGAAUACUAAAUGGAUAAAUAAACAUGAUUAUAGAGAAGUUAGUUGAUUCCUACCACGCCAUGUACUGGGGACUGCGCGUUUAGCSCUGCGGGCAGUAUUUCAAUAAAAUAAUACAAAAGAAA